ACACAUAGAAGUCUCCUACUAUCUCUCAUCGUCGUUAUCAUCACCAUCGUCUCCGUUUUCUCUGAAUUUCAAAACUGGUACAUUUGGUACUCGCUGCGUGAAGGGUGGUGUGAGAAGCUUAGAGAAUCAGUCUGGUCACCGGAGCCUCAAUGCGUUACUUCUCUGUUCUUGAUCCGACGCCCUCGAUUGAUCUUAUCAAGCUUCAUUGAAUUGGGUUUUCAGUUUUAAUAUCUCUGUCCUUACCUUGUUGUAUAUGAUGACAACGACUUUGUAAACGCGAACAGUUUUAAAGAAAGCUCCAGGAGGUGCACCUGCUAAUGUAGCUGUUGGUGUCUCUAGUCUCGGUGGAUCCUCUGUUUUCAUGGAAAAGGUUGGUGAUGAUGAGUUUGGAAAAAUGUUAGCUGAGAUUCUAAGGCUGAACAAUGUGGACAACUAUGGGAUGAGAUUCGACCACAAAGCACGUACAGCUCUCUCCUUUGUCCAAGACCUUCUGUCUCAGUGUGGAGAGCAUCUGGAGAAAGGUGAUAUCCACCAGGGUCCAGCUGUGCUUGGGUUAGCGAUGCUCGUUUCUUUGGCUCAAACUGGACAUGAGAUAUCGCGUAAUGUUCCUCAUAGCGAUGUUGACUUCAUGAAUAUGAAUCCUCCUGUAAUGGAAGGUCUGGAUGUGUUAAUGACGGUUGGUUAGUACUGGUCAUGCAGUUUCCCCUUUUGAUGUCGUUUAAAUAACUGUUACUUACAAUUGUUCAUGUAUGUAAUAAUGAAGAUGAAGCAUUCAUCAUCAAAGUCCAGUGAUCUUAAUGUUUGUGUUUCUUGU